AUAUAUCACUGUAUCACGUCUAAAACUGUAUUAAUUAAAAUGGAUAAUUUUAGUUUCGGUUAUCUCACGUCUCCACCGGAACUAUAAAAAAAUACAGAAUUUAUAGUUCCGUGUAAUCAUAAUACCUUACGUUGUACUCAAAAUGUUUUUGUUGUUUUAAUGCUCCAAAAACAAUGUAUUCCGUCAACGGGAGAAAAUUCAUGGAGGGUCCUAUUUACGGAGAAACUAUCAACGAGUUGUUGGGACCAGACACAAUUGAAAUACUUCGAGAGGCAGGAGUUUCGAUAUGUAGAUCAGUGUUCAAUGUCGAUGUUUUAAAGGAAAAACUUAGCAAAGGGGUUGCUGAAGUUUUUAAUGAUGAUAUAUUCCGUCCAAAUGUGUCUCAGAAAAGAAUGGCCAAAUCAACUCGGGAGCAAAUAACUUGCGAGACACCAUUUAACAAUACAAGUGAAGCAGUUAUGAGGAACAAAAGGACUAAAAAGUCUCUGUUUUCUAAUCAGGCCGAUAGUAAUGAAGAUAAAAUGUUUUCACAAAAUAUAACAUGUUAAUAUCAAUAGACUGCUGUCUUUACCAAUAGUGUAGUUUAGGCUUAAGUAUAAUAUAGUAAAAACAGGAUGUGUUGCAAUAUGUCUGUCCCACCUGGUCUGUAAAUGUACAAGUACAAUUUGGGCAGUAAUCCGUUAACAGAAUGUUUAUGUGGUCGAGGGUAAAACACCUGACUGAUAAUUUUGCACUGUAUGUACAGUAUGGUAUGGUACAGAGAUUUCAAUAGUAUUGUUUAAAGUCAGCAUUUCGAAAAUUAUAUGGUCAUUAUAGCGAUCUAAUUUGUCAAUACAACUUAUCAUUAGGUUAAAUGCUGUCUGACGUGUUUCAUACCGAUUGUUAUAACGUUUUUGGCACACUGAUUUUGAGUGCGGAUAACUUCGUUUUCACGAUCAGGAUAUAGGGCUAACUGCUUGUGUGACCAGUUGGCAGAGGUUGCUUACUCCUCCUAGGCACCUGAUUCCACCUCUGGUGUGUCCAGGGGUCCGUGUUUGCCCAACUAUCUAAUUUGUAUUGCUUAUAGGAUUUGUGAGAUUGAUCAUUUUUCCAUAUGUGAUAUGUAUAUUUAUUUAUUUAUUCAUUUUGUAUAGGAUCUUCCAUAGUUUGUAAUUUGAUAUAUGAUUUCAACCAGUUGUGUAACUUCUAUCACCGAGUUGUGGCGAGUUGGAUAUAAAUCAUGUCACACCACAAACCAUGGAAGAUUUUUUUCACAUUAAGCUAACCCCCCACCCACCCCCACCUGUUAUUCAUUUACGAUACUGCAUUGCUGGAAAUUUUGCUUUUGCUUCUUGAUAUUUUGUAAAACCACCCUACGUAAAAUUGAAGUUUUAUGUAAUUGGCGAUAUCCACUGAAUAAAGGAGUAAACAUGUGAUGUAUGUGGGUGUGAAU